AUGGUGGGUUUCUUUUCCCGCCUGAAGGGCAGGGACGGCACGGGCAAGAUCAAGUCCAAGAAGAACGCGAACCUCAACCAGCUCGCCAACCAGCUGCCCCAGAAGCCGCGGUGGGAGGAUGCCUGGACGAGGAGUACGGUCGAACCCGAAGAGGUCCAGGACCUGAUCAGGCGUUGCACCGAGGAGCUCAAAGCUCGAGCCCUCGACCACCCUUUCUUGUUACUUCCCUUCCGACCUACUUCCGAUCCCAGCGCCGUCCGCACCUUUAUACGCCACUUUUUCGAUGCCAGCCAAACAGUGCGGGGCGAGGCCCUUGCUCGGGAGUUGCGCAUGACCGAGCCAAUGGUCAUAUCUGGCGUCGUGAAAUGGUGCUGGAGCCGGCUUCCGGGCGGCGUCGUCGGCUGGGAUUCGUACGAGCUAUUCAAAGUUGGAGAGCAAGACUCGAAUAUGGCGAGGGAUUCGUUCAAGACAUUCAUUCCCCUUAGUGUCGAAACCGAAUCGCGAUCGGCCAUCAUCUUCGACUUCUUCGACCUUCUCUCCGCCAUUGCAGCGCACGGCAAGACGAAUGGCUUCAGUGGACGAAAGCUCUCGCGAAUGGCCUCUUGGUGGGCGUUUGAGCAUAAGAAUACUACCAAUGGCUUUGAGACGGGCUACAAAGCCUGGUUAAGUGCGGCGGAUGCCACAAGCCAUCUCUUCUUCGCCUACCUGCGCUCCUUGGCGCCUCAACCUAAUCGUGGUGGCAUUUCCAUGCUUCCCAUGUCAUUGGAGAAGCUACUACAGGAAACCGAAUAUCCGCCUCAGCGGCCGUCCCUGAUGCAGACGUCGACGUACAAAGUGGUCAUGAUCGUUGACACAGUGUCACCGACGCCGUUUGCGCUCCUGCGGCGGGCUAACCAUUUCCAGUACCGCGACGACGACAGGGCGCUGCAGGAGUAUUCCGAGUAUGAGGAUCCGAUCCAAGCUUUGACAGAGGAAUGCCGCCGAGUUCUUAGGGCUAUCUCGGCUGCUAACCAGUCGCAAGCCGUGUCAAGCUCGAAGCACUCAACUAGUCUCCGCGAUGCUUCUUGGUCGCGAUUCGAGGAUAUCGGCUUUGCCAGUGCCUUGGAAGAGGAGGACGAAGACGAGGAUGGAAGGCUAGCGGCUCACCGGAGAGCAAAUGGCCUGAGGGCGACGGCAUCCUCCGGGAACGGUCUGGAUAGGCCUACCACGCCUUCCUGGGCCGAUUUCCUCUCGUCCGGCUUCGUGGAUGACGGCCCGAACAGCCCAUCAAACGUACUGCUUCCGCCAGACAAGAUCCUCCCACCGAUAGAGACAACAGUCCGACAGCGAAGCUCGCAAUCCCAUCGGCCGAGACUGGAAACUGAACGUCAUCUUGAGCCGGGCGAGUUGGCAAGCAUCACUCGUUUCGAUCUGGACGACUCCUUCUGGUGGGUGUGGAUGAGCAGCUUGGCUCCGGAGGAGACGGCUGAGAGGAAGUCGGCGUUCGGUCGUUGUGCCGUGAUCGAAACCCUCAUCCGGACCGGUCGCUGGCUGGUAAUGGAGGAGAUGGUCAAGGGAGCCGCUCCCGAACCCCAGCUUGGCGCGUAUAUCGCGGAGAAGAAGAGCUUCUUCAGCUGGACGCGCCGAAACAGGGGCAUCUCACGGAGGAAGUCGACCGGGAAGCACGCCUUGAGUAAGGGAGACGGGCAUUUGAAGCCCAACAGCACCUCUGCUAGCCUUAGCAAGACGAGCAUCGGACCAGACCAACACGCCAAGAUCCAGGCCGCAGCCGCUCGAUUGCAGGCGAGGCAGAUGCAGGAGAUACAGGAUUCCAAGUCGCGAGCCCAAGACAGACGCGGAAGGAAUGACGCAGACACGACCGCCAAGACCAACAGUGUCCUCACCCUGCAGCCUGUCAUUAUGAACGAGGCUUCGCCGGCAAUGAAGUGGGCACUCAAGUAUGACAAGGAGGCUAUCCGAGAGGCUUAUUUGUCGAACGCAAAUGCUGGCCGCGGUUUCGCGACCUUGGAGCCGCAGAGCAACGGUCAGACAGGCAGAGCGAGUUCUGCUCCCAACGGCCACGAACGGCCACCAGAGGUGCCUUCAAAGUCGCUCGCCAAUCUACCACUGGCCUCUCCCGUUGCCCAGCCAAAGUCGCCGUAUUUUGCUCCGCCAGAGGAUGAGCCGGAACCGGAACCGGCGCGUCUCAGCGAAAAGGCCUUGGAAGCCCCUCGGGACAUCCAUCCCGCCGAGCGAUCGUCCGGGGGUGCAGGACGAAGCAGCACCCCACCCCCCCCUCCGAAGGAGCCAGUGAGCGCACAGUACGCACGUGAGACGAUGAUCUCUCCAGAGCCCGAGUCGAGUCCGGAAAGCAAGAAGCACCAGAAGAAGCUUCAAAAGGAUAAGGAUAAGAACGCCGCUCCCGUACCCAACGCUGGUGGUUUCAGAAAGUUGUUCGGGCGGAAUAAGAACAGGCAGUCGAAGCUUCCCGACAACGCCGCCAGCCAUCUCAGGGGAUUGGGGGUGACAGAGGAACGGCCCGUCUCCCCUGAGCCGGUUGCGCCAGUCGUUCAGGCCGAGAAGUCGACAGUUGCCCGGGAAGAGCCAACCUUCUCUCCGCCACCCCAGGCGCCUUCGGAGCCCAUACCGAAGCCAGCCUCGGUUCCCGUCCCGGCCCCGCAGCCUUUGCCCGAGCCAUUGCUGGAUGAAGCGGUAUCGCGGGUCGAUACCGCGGAUACUCUUGAAGCCGGCGACGAAUUCUCGCGGUUCGACCAGGGUCCGCUACUCGAUCAGCCCAGCUUCAUCCCUCCGGACUCUAACAGCGAGGAUGACGAUGCGGUUCCACCCCCGAUCGCCCGGCAUACGUCGCGCUCUCCUCUGCCCUCGCCUCAGCCCCAAGCCGUUGAACCGGACACGCCGAAACAGGCUGUGCAAGACCGUUGGGCACAGAUCCGCAAGAACGCCGAGCGUGCUACCCAGCAACGCCAGAGCGAAGAGCAGAGCGGUGGCGGGUACAGCAAGACAACUGAUGGUGAUGACGACACCAGCGGUGAGGAGACAAUCGAGUCACGCGUGGCUCGCAUCAAGGCCCGGGUUGCGGAGCUAACGGGCAACACGGAGGGCAUCAACGGUCCUGGAAGCCGGACCCCGCCUUCCAUUCGCCGCUAA